AUGUCUUUGGUAUUGAAAAACAAAUAUUGGAUUCUGAGACAUGGCAAGAGCAUUCCCAACGAACAAGGCAUCAUUGUUUCCUCUAUCGAAAAUGGCACGCGUCCUGAAUUUCAAUUAGCCUCUGACGGAGUUAAUCAAGCACAGCUCGCUGGAAUUUCAUUUCGAAAGGAACUAGAGACUAAUAAUAUACCUCUUGCUAAUGUGCGCAUAUGUUACUCCCCUUUUUCAAGAACAAGUCAUACCGCAAAAGUUGUUGCUACUGAAUUGAACAUUCCUUUUGAAUUUGAUGCAGCAUCUCAGUGUAAGGUGAUCGAUGAUCUUCGAGAGCGGUAUUUUGGUCCUUCCUUUGAGCUUUUAUCUCAUGAUAAAUAUGCAGAGAUUUGGGAAUUAGAUGCGAAAGAUCCUUUUGUUGGGCCAGAAGGAGGUGAAAGCGUUAAGGAUGUUGCUGGUAGGCUUUCAAGAACAAUGGACGUUAUUGAAUCAGAAUUUGAAGGAUGUGCAAUUUUGAUUGUCAGCCACGGGGAUCCUCUGCAAAUCUUGCAAACAGUUCUGCAUGCAGCUAAUAAUCAUAAGGAACUGACUUCUGAUGACUUGGUUUCAAUAUUAGCGGCAGUUCAGGUGGCACCAAUCUUGUCCCAGCAUCGGCAAUACGCACUGAAUACUGGAGAACUCAGGAGAGUCAUUUGA